AUGACCACGACUCUCAAAGAUGUCACGAUCGUCGUUCCAUUGAUGUCAUGUCACAGCGCCAAUACCGAGUUCUGUGACCUGAUUGCCCGCACAUGGGUUCCUGUAGCCCGUGCCAGCGCAAAUCUUCUUGAUAUUAUUUUCCUCCUAUCCUGCCGUCACCUGCACACAAGUCAUGCAGCUACGGACCAGGAAUAUCUGUUUAUGCGCAAGGGCUUGCACUACAAGAGCCGAUGCUUAAAGACUCUGAGGGAUGCUAUCUCGAUCGAGGCGCCAAAUUUCACCGACUCGACGAUUGCUCAAGCGAUCAUGUUGGCUUAUGAUGAGCUAUUCACACGAGAUUUGAAAAUGUUGAAGCACCACACCGAAGGUGCUCUCCAGAUGGUCAAACUGAAAGGUGGGCCUGACACUCUCGGCUUAGAUGGGCUAUUGAAAGAUAUGCUGUCGAAGCUCGUUGCCAAGGGUUCGGGCGAGGUCAGGCUUGAUACCCGGAUUGUCCAAGGGUGGACGUUAGGAGAUCAUGAUUGGUAA